CACAGAGAAUCCAGUUCCAAAAAUCUCGAUAAAAAAUUACGAAGAUGGAAUUCCUAUUCAUUCCAUUCUCGUCAUGGUAUGUUCCGUAACGAUAAAUAGCGAUGAUUUGGUCGAUAUUACCUGGAAAAUCAAUGACACUCUAGUUAGAUCCUAUUAUGGGGAGGAUACGAAUAUAGAAAUAUCUUCUACCGUGAAUUCCGAUACAUUUUUGGUGAAAGGGAUGUCGAAACGAAAGGUCACCUCAAGAUUCACGGUGAGGAACGCUUCCAAAGAUUACGAGAAAAAUUAUACUUGUCUGGUCAAAGACCACAACGGGAAAACCGGGGCAGAUCAAGUUUCCGUCAUCUUACACGAUCCAUUAGAAAAGUACGAAAGACUAGGAGUAAUCCCUAUCGGCAAUGGCGCCAAUCUUACGUUGAGGCAAUUGGACCGAUACGUUUCUGGAAACACCGCCAAGAAUUUUACCGUAACGCCGUUCAUCUUCGAUUUAGAAUUAGUGGAUCCUCCUCUCGCCAUUCAAAGCAAACCACGGAAGAAGGAACCAUUAAACAUUUCCACUUUUGUUUGCCGCGCUUUUGGCUAUCCUAGCCCGGCCACUCUGACGUGGUAUUUGAGAGAUUCCUCUUGCGCAAACUCCCCUCACAUCAACAGUACGCUUUUAAAUGGCGAUAGUCACGCUGAAAAUUAUCGUUACCUAAAUAAAACUCGACUCGCGCACCAUUAUAUCGACAAAAUUUCUAACAAAUUCUGCCAACCCGGUGAAAGUGUAGUAGCGCCGCUAUAUCCCCAAACCCAAGAUGAGGGGAAUAAGGAGAACGAUGAGAUUCAGAAUUCCCGCGGUUUAUCGGAGCCAUUGUUUUGGAUCAUAUCCGGCAAAAUCGUAAAGAUCUCGAAGAAGCUCAGCAUAUCAGAGAGCAAGAUCAAGCUGAAUCCUAUCCUAAGAGGAGAACUGAUAUGUCGCAUUCAAAAUUCAACCACCUUAGCUGAAAGGAGUAUUCAUAUACCCGAUCUUAAAACGGAUAUUUAUACGGCUACCAAUUCUUCCCCGGUUCAGCACCUCAAUAUCUCUUGGUUCUUGUUAGUUGUAGUUCUGUUAACAUCUAUCAUUUUGUUAACUCUCGUUAUAUGCGUUUUGCGGAAAAGAAUAUACGCUAAAAAUAAAAAAGACGGAUUUAAUUUGAAUAAAAGUUACGAUUUUAACUCUCCAACCGACAAAGACGAUAUCGUUCACACGCUCAAAAUUCCCUCUCUGUCACCUGACAAGUCCGAUUUCGAAUUCGACGCGGCGCUGGAAUUCCCUAAGGAACGCCUCAUAUUAGGUAAAUGCUUGGGCGAAGGUGCCUACGGGAAAGUCAUGGAAGCCGAUGCCAUAGGGUUGGUGAAGGGGGAAAACAAAACUAAGAUCGCCGUAAAGAUCGUGAGAAGCGCCAAGGAUUCCAACCAAUUGAUGUCUCUCAUAUCCGAAUUCAAGAUAAUGACAUCGAUCGGAAAACAUUUGAACUUGGUUAAUUUAAUGGGCGUGUGUUCGGAAGAUAUCGCCGAAGCGAACAUUUUUAUGGUGUUGAUGGAAUUCUGCGCUCACGGGAAUCUUAAGGAUCACUUGAGAAAACGCCGCGUCUCGUUCCAGUCUAAAGCCGCGAACAUCGACUGCGAAACUUUGCUUGGUAAGCAAAAAUUGGAGCCCGUUUUUGCCGACAACGAAGGGUAUUGCGAAUUACGGGUCAGCGGCUAUUCCAGUGGCGCUGCCGCCGAUCAUAGUAAAAGUUAUCCGACCAAGGAAGAUGACGUUAAACCACCUUACGAUUAUAGUCGUAAGAUGAUAAGUUGUUCGAGAAGCGGGGCAAGUUUUUUGGAAUGCCAGGAAUCAUCUCGAAUGUUUGACGACGAACCGAUUGCUAGGAGCGAUAUUAACGCUCCUCUUUGCGAAUGCAAAACUGGACGAGAUAUCACCGUCGAGACACUUUUGUGUUACGCCUACCAAAUUUCUAAAGGGAUGGAAUACUUGAUAUCCAAAAAUUGCAUUCAUAGGGAUUUGGCGUGUCGAAACGUGCUAUUAGACCACGAUAAUAUCGUCAAAAUUUGCGAUUUUGGGCUUUCCAAAGAUUUGUAUCGUUAUCCCAAUUACGUCAAAACAACAGAUACACCCGUUCCUAUCAAGUGGAUGGCCAUCGAAUCUCUGAUAGACAACUUGUACAAUCAUCAAACUGACAUAUGGUCAUACGGGGUCGUCUUGUGGGAGAUAUACUCGUUAGGCUGUUCACCUUACCCCGGCGUGGAACUAGGCCCGGAUUUCGUUAGCAAACUUAUGAAUGGACUGAGACUCGAAAAACCUACCUAUUGUCCGGAGGAGAUAUACGAUUUGAUGUUAGAAUGCUGGAGCAAGGACCCAGAGGGAAGACCUAAUUUUAAUAAUUGUUCCAAGAGAAUAUCGGAUAUUAUAAGCAAAAAUCGGCUCAGUGAUGAAACCGAUUCUCAGUACGAUACCUACAAUUACUACAGAAGUUUAUCGGAGUCUGACGAAAUUCCUAACGUUCCUGAUAGUAAUCCUAAAUUGCUCGAAAGUGAGUAUUCUAAACAUAUUGAACAAAUAGAAAAGGUGAAAGUUAAUACUUUGAAAGAUGUCGAUGAUGAUAAUAAUAAUAAUGUAAUCGAGGAUGACCGUAAGAUUAAUUCAGUAUCUAGGAUAUCGUCCUCUAAGAUGUUGAUAACUGAUGAUGAUGGUGUAAUUAUAACCAAAAAUUCUAACCUUCCAGAAAAUUACUCAUAUUCUAACCGGUCCCUUUCCGGUAGUGACCUGGGGGUGCCCCUAGUUAAUGAUGGACUUCCGGUACUUUGCCGCGAUUUAAAUUUCGUGACAAAGUCUAUAUCGCUCGUAUCCUCGGAUUCCGCAUUUUACUCCACAUAAAUUUAUUUAUCUUCGCAUUUAUUUAUUCGUUGCAGAUACAGAUACAUUUCUUUUUUUAAAAUUUUUUUUAAUAUUUUGUAACUUAAGUGAUUUGAUUUUUUUUUUGUAAUAAAAAUAUAAUUAUUAUAUCAACGAAUUUUUCUUAAUUUCGCUUAUAAUAAUAUCAAGAGAUGACUAUAUAUUGAUAUACCGAAUAUUGGUGAUUGACAGGGUGACAGUAGGACUAAAUUUAUUUGUAAGAAACCAUCUUGGCCUAUUGUCCGAAAGUCAAUUUUAAAAAAAGAUGUCACUUAUAAAAUGGUUUGAAUAAAAUUACAAUUUUUUUUA